UUUAAAGAAAGGCUGCACCAGUAGUUUUCAACACUGUGUUGUGGGCUAAGUGCAUCUGUGAGUAAUGCACAACCAGUUUGAGGAACUACAAAGUUGUAUUGCUGAGCCCACCAAGAGUCCCAUAGCUGUUCAGUAAGAGACAUUGCUGGUUUUAUCACCGCGCUAAGUGAAAUGAAUUUGCCCAGCAGAUGAUAACUGAGUUGGUCUCUCAGAACUCGUGGGAAGUUGGCGCCAUAACAGAGGUGAGAUACUUCCAAAAAGAAGAUCAAGGCCUGUCAAUUGGCAACUGGGGAUGGGGGCUGUGGGUAGAGGUGGUCAGGAUUGCCAAAGAUCCAGAGAAUGGGUUUUCUUUAAAUGCUCAGAGAUCUCAGGAGUUCAGAUUGUUUAGGGCCCAUGGGUAAGUUUCUUUGAUAAAGAAAAGAAAAUACCCCCAACCACUGGUGGGGUGGAUCUGGUGAACGGAAAGAGCAGAGGUUUCAGAAAUCUCGGGCUCCUCGCUCAAAAAUAGGAGGCUGGAGGGGGCGUAAACCGCUGUGUCAUCACCCAUUGGCUCCUGUACCGUUGUAGCCCUGCCCCCUCACCCUCGCUUCCCUCCCAUCGAAUCCAACCGAUCUACCUGCCUGAAGACUCUUGCUAUUCAGUCGGGCGCUCGUCCUCCUUUCUGCCACCCUCUCCCCCCUACCAGUUCCAGCUUUGGAGAUAGAACUUGUGAGAGGCGGAUGGAAAACUCAUACACCUAAAGUCAACAGUCCUCGAUGUCCUUACAUUUGACAAGGAGUGACGGCCCAUCACUGCAGCAGCAGAAACUGGAGUCUACCCACGAUGAUAAAAUCCUAAAGGCACAGAAUAUGAAAUCCCAGGUGUCUAAACCUACAUAUUCUGAGUCUACUAUUACCUGGGCCUCCCACUCCUCAAAGUUUGAGUUAUUGCCUACUGAGUCAUUGGCUGAGAAUAAAUUUUCCUACUCUCGGUCAUCACACGUGUUCUCUGUUGAAGAUAAUAAAGAAGCACUGAAGACUGUAGACAAACAUGAGCCAAAGGAUGAAGCCCCCCCUGAACGACCAUCCUGGGCCAAUAAAACUGAGUACCUCCUGGCCCAGGUGGGCUUCUCUGUGGGGCUGAGCACCAUCUGGCGCUUUCCUUAUCUGUGUUUUCACAACGGAGGUGGCAGUUUUAUCAUCGUCUACAUCCUCAUGCUGUUCUUCCUGGGAGUUCCUCUUCUCUUCCUGGAGAUGGCAGCUGGCCAGAGGCUGCGUCAGGGCAGCAUUGGUGUAUGGAAGGUCAUCAGCCCCUGGCUUGGUGGUGUAGGGUAUGCCAGCUUCACGGUUUGCCUCAUUGUGGGCUUGUACUACAGCAUGCUUAUGGCUUGGAGUCUCUUCUAUUUGGUUCAGUCUUUCCAGUCCCCACUGCCUUGGUCAUCAUGCCCCACACUGAGGAACACCAGUGAUUUUGAUCCUGAAUGUGCACGGACGACAUCCACCACAUACUUCUGGUACCGGAAAAUGUUGAAGGCCACAGAUGAAAUUGAGAUGGGUGGACUACCAGUCUUUCAUCUCGGUGUGUGUCUCUUUGUGACCUGGUUACUUAUCUGCAUUUCCAUGAUGAAAGGGCCCAGGUCCAUUGGGAAGAUGCUGUAUGUCUUAGUUCUUCUUCCCUACAUCAUACUUUUUGGUCUCCUUGCCUGGACUCUACUGCUGGAAGGUGCUAUUUUUGGUCUCAAGGCUUUGUUAGCUACCGAGGUAGCAGCCCUGUACUCUUUGAAAGUGUGGCGCCGGACAGGAAACCAGGUCUUUUUGUCCAUGGGUGCUGGCUUCGGCAGCUUCACUGCAAUCAGCUCAUAUAUCCCUCGGUCCAACAACUGUAUCAAUGAUGCCUUUGCUGUGGCUUUUCUCAACUUGGUCACCUCAAUGACUGCCACGUUGGUUGUAUUUUCCAUCAUAGGCCACUGGGCCACAGUGAACACCCGAAAAUGUUACCAGAAUAAUACCAACAGAAUGAUGACACUGGUAGCAGCUGGAAUGCUGCCUUCUGAGGUCCAGCCCCAAGAUAGUGUGUAUCUCGAUCCAAACCUCAUUUAUCCAAGGUGGCUCAAUAGCCUCCCUGAACAAGUCAAAAGUGAAGUCCUACAACAAUCGACUGAUUGCAACUUAACUUGGCAAUUGGAACAGGCUAUGGAGGGUCCAGGUGUGACAUUUGUGGCAUUUACUGACCUCAUCUCUGUGCUUCCUGGACCCACCCUCUGGGCCAUCAUCAUCUUCCUGCUGCUGCUGACCCUGGGGAUGAGCACCAUGAUAGGGAUUGUUCAGGGCAUCAUUACCCCUCUCCAGGACACAUUCUCCUCCCUCAGGAAACAUACGAAGGUGCUCACAGUGAGUGUCUGCAUGCCUAUGUUCCUGGGCAGCCUCAUUUUUGCCGGGCCCUCGGGCAGCUACUAUGUGAAUCUGCUGGAUGAUUACUGGGCAUCUCUGCCCCUCUUCUUAAUUAUCAUCUUGGAGAAUGUGGCCAUGGCCUGGAUUUAUGGGGCCAGGAGGCUCCUUGCAGACAUGACAAUCAUGUUGGGCCGCUCUAUCUCCCCCAUAUAUCGUCGGCUGUGGUCCUUUCUGUCUCCAUGUGUGCUGCUAAUCCUGUUUUUGUCCACCCUGAUUCAUCUUUGUGGGGAGGAUAUCAACUAUAUGGCCUGGAACUCAACCUCAUCAAAUGAAGAGCGCCAAAUCUAUCCAUCAUGGGCUAAAUUCUUACUCGUAGUUCUUAUCAUUGUGACCAUCUUGCCCAUCCCUGCCUACUUCUUGUACACCCUCACUACUGUGACUUUCCCAGUCUGCAUGAUAAACAGUGGGGCCACAGUUGUCUUCAAACCUGAAGAUAAAAUUAACUCACAGAAGUCUCCUCCAUGGAUUCAGGAGAGGCCAAGUCCCAAAAUAAUGAAUAAAAUGGAUAAAUAACCAGGGGGAAGACUUUCUACCAUCAUUUGAUUGAUGGUGACUGCUGAUACUACAUCUUGUAGGCUACCCUCCUCUGGGAGUUGGUCUGUACUACGUCUGGUCCGUGCUACAUCUGGUCCCUAUGAAACUGGGGCAAAAAUAGUGCUGGUAAAUAAAUCAGUUCAGUUGAACCUUA